AUGCAAGUCGGUAUUCUCUAUGCGAUCGUGGCGUUCAUUGCGUGGGGACUCUACCCGCCGUACUGGAAGCAGCUCCACAUGGUACCCGACCUCCAGCUCGCCUUUCACCGCAUUGUGUGGGCCUGCGCCAUCCUCGGCACGCAUGUCCUCAUCAAGGGCGAGGCCCGCGCGUUUCUCACUGGCAUCACGAGCUGGCGACUCGUGCUAACGUUUGUCUUGUCGAGCGCACUCAUCUUUGCCAACUGGUACCUCCUUGUCUUGGCCGUCAACGCGGGCUUCAUCGUCGAGGCCGCCCUCGGACUCUUCAUCAACCCAAUGUUCAGCGUCGUCUUUGGCGUGCUUGUGUUCCAUGAGCGCCUGCGCCGAUGGCAGUGGGUCGCCGUCGGCUUGGCGCUCGCCGGCGUCGUAGUCUGCGCUGUCGGCUACGGCAAGGUCCCGUACAUUGCGCUGAGCAUGGCCAUUUCGUUUGCGAUCUAUGGCGUCAUCAAGAAGAAGACGACGAUGCUGGCGCGGCACGGCAUGCUGCUCGAAACGCUGCUCGUGUGUCCGUUUGCGCUUACGUACUUGGUGUACGCGGAGUACACAGGGAUUGGCGCCUUCUUGCAUGGAUCGCCGACAACCAGUGUGCUCUUGGUGGGCGGCGGCGUCGUAACGAUCGUGCCGUUGCUCUUGUUUUCGAUGGCGGCGCAGCUGAUUCCGCUGAGUCUCCUUGGAAUUCUGCAGUACAUUGCGCCGACAAUGCAGUUUCUCUUUGGCGUCUUGGUGUACGACGAGCCACUCACGACGCUCAAGCUGACUGGAUUUGUGCUUGUGUGGGCUGCGCUCGCCGUGUACUCGGCCGAAGGUCUCUGGCAGCGCACGCCUAAGAUGCCGGUGGUAGUCGAUACGACGCUGGUCGAAGAGAACGAUGAAGACGGUACGGCCGAGUACAAGGACGCGGCGCCGCUCUCGCCGGUCUAA